AUGUUUUCUCAUACUGGCAUUACCUGUUCUUGGCACGUUGGUAGAGUAUGUGUUCAAGGUGGGUUGAAUGACGCCAGUCGGAGUGAUGGGAAGUGUUUGGUGGAUUCAAAGAGACGACAUAUGCGUAUGUUCGACUUACUGAGGCUCGCUAAUUAUGACUGUCAGUCUAAGGGGAAAUUGAUCGAUAGAGAUCGUUCGGGAGAGUGCUUCAGUGAAUCGCCAUUGUUUGCGCUUGGCAGCUACAAGGACGCAGUGUACACUUUCGAGCCAACGCCAGCUAAGAAGAGUAGAAUAAUGAAGGCUAUUAAGAAACGCCGUAUGGAGAAUAUAGUCGAGUUCCAUCAGGCAGCGAUCACCGAUAAAACUGGAACGGUGAAACUGCAUUUGGAAUGCGCUCAUUGGAAACAGCAGUCUAAGGAAGGUUGUAUAUCAAGUCAGCAAGAUACUGUUGGGGCGCCUCCACCGUGGAGAAGUCAGGAGUUUUUUGAUAAGUAUUCGAUCGACGUUCCUGCAUAUAGACUGGACGAACCGGGGUUGAUCAAAGAACAUAUCACGUUGUUGAAGGUUGAUGUUCAGGGCCAUGAAUAUCAGGUCUUGCGGGGAGCGGAACGUAUAUUGCGAGAAGAUCCACCGGAUAUGCUCCACUUAGAGUUCAGUCCACAGCUGAUGAAGAAAAACAAUCAAGGUUUGGAAGGUUCGUCAAUGCUCGAGUUUAUAUACUCGUUUGGGUAUAUCUGCUUCGAUUGUGCAGCGUUCACACCACCGCCACUGGACAAGGAUAAGAGGGAUAUUGAGAGGUCGGCAUCGAGGUUCACUUACCACAAGUAUUUUGGAUCUAACCCGUACGAUGGUCAGCGGGAUGAUACAGGGUCGGUAACUCGAGUCCUCAUGGGCAGGCUUAUCGCUGCCCGUAGCGUAGAGACCGUCGAUUGUAUGCAGAGACAGCUCAGCACAGAUGACGCGUGA